CAAGAAAAUACGAUUAAUUUUAAUUAAGGUGGUAAAGGUCAGGUCAAGGUCACAUUAAUUUUUUUCAAAUAGAAUACCCUACAUUUGAUCCUGGAACCAAAAAUAGGGCAUUCUAUUAAAAAAAAAUUAAUGUAACCUUGACCUGAUCUUUACCACGCCACUCAAGGUCAAACUAAUAGAACCUUCUUAUGUCUCCUUCUGAGCUAUAUAACUUUUGCUUGAAACAUUUUUCUGUAUUUUGCAUAGUUUCCGAAAUAUCCGUCUGGGAAAUUGAAAAAAAAACAUCCUGUAUAAAAGAGUAAUUGCAAGCAAGUUAUCUUCACUCCUACUUUUUUUGUCUUUUGCUGCGUAAAUACCAGAGUUAUCCUAUACAAUUUUUUUACUAUAAUUUCAAUAAUUUAUGUAUUUUAUUCCAAUAAGCCAAAUUCUUAAUAAAUUUCUUUACUAUUUAAAAUUCUUUAUAACUUAUUUAAUAUUUAAUAAAAUUUAUUUUUUACUUGCAGUGUAACAUAACUUGACUGAUUAAUUAGGAAAAGAUCAAAUUUCCAAAAUCUGUUAAUCCCUAUGUGACAAGAUUCUGAUCUAAGAUGGAUACAUAUUAUUAUAUUUAUACCGCGAUCAUAGCGAGUUAUAUGUUAUUGAGGAAACGAAAAAAAAAACGAUUGUUUUGGGUACGACCCAUAAAUGUACGUCGACCACUAUUUGGAGAUUUCCAACAUCUUUUCCAAGAAUUGAAAGAUGAUGAAACAAUGUUUUUCAAGUAUACAAGAAUGAAUCUUUUAAUUUUUAAUAAAUUAUUAAAUAUAUUGCGACCUCACUUACAAAAAAGACAUUGGAGGGCAUUACCUGCAGAACAACGCCUUAUCAUUAUGCUCCGAUUUCUUGCGACAGGAGAUCAGGUAUCUUCAAUUGCAUUUGCACAUCGAAUAGGUGAAUCAACUGCUUAUAAAGUUAUCAAAGAAACAUGUGUAGUAACAGUAAGAAUUUUAAGUUCUAUAUAUUUAAAGCCACCUAAAAAAGAAGACUGGAAAAAUAUAGCUAUUGGAUUUUGGAAUCAUUGGAAUUUUCCAAAUUGUUUAGGUGCAAUUGAUGGUAAACAUUUUCUCAUAAAAGCACCUUCAAAUUCUGGUACUUUAUAUUUCAAUUAUAAGAAAAAUUUUAGCAUUGUGUUAUUAGCAGCAUGUGAUUAUCAAUAUAAAUUUACUAUAGUAGAUUGUGGUGCUUAUGGAAGCUCAAGUGAUGGCGGUAUAUUUGCACAAUCAGAAUUUGGAAAAUGCUUAAACAGUGAUAAUCUUGAUAUACCUGUCGAGAAUUGUAAGUUACCUCUGACAGAUGUAGAAAUGCCUUAUUAUUUUGUUGCUGAUGAGGCAUUUCCUUUGUCAAAAAGAAUAAUGCGACCUUAUCCUGGACAGUUUCUAACUGAUAAAAAGUCCAUUUUUAAUUAUCGCUUAUCAAGAGCUAGACGUAUUAUUGAAAAUACAUUCGGAAUUCUAGUCUCAAGAUGGAGACUUUUUCAACGUUGUAUAUGUUUAGAUCCAAGACAUGCAGAUGUAAUAAUCAUGGCUGCAAUAAAUUUACAUAAUUAUUUAAUGACGGAAAACAAUACAAGUACAAGUAGUUACUGUCCAGUGAAUUAUGUUGAUAGCGAAGAUAGUACAGGACAUGUUAUAGAAGGAGAAUGGAGAUUAGGUCUUGAGAAUGUUAAUAAUUUGCGAGCUACUAAUGUACAUAGAGCGGUUAGAGAAGCUUAUAAUCAAAGAGAUACCUUAGCUGAAUAUUUGUCAUCAUCACAAGGUGAAGUUCCAUGGCAAAUAGAAUAUAUUCACAGGGGAUAUAAUAGAGAUUUAAUAUAAAAUGUAAACUUACGAACUUAUUAUCGAUCAAUAAUUAUUAAAAACCAUGAAAGAUAUUUAUUAUGAUUGCACAAAAUAUUAAUAUAAAUGAAUAUUUUCUAUAUCUGUUACAUUUUCUAUACUUGUUACAUUUUGUGCAAUCUGCAGGAAUUAUUACUUUUUAAAAUAUUUUUAAAAUCCUUAUUUUUUUUAUCAUAAAGAUGGGGGCAACUUUUUACCAAAUUGAUUAAUAAACAGUCUUCCUCUUUUGAAAAAUUUAGUAUAAACAUGUUUUUAGCUUCAAUAAUUAUAUCUUUGUAAUAAUCGUUAUGGUCUUUCAUUUUUUUCUUCCAAAUUUUAAUAUAAAAUGGCAAAUUGUUCGCCAGAUUUGCUAUUAAAAGCUGUAUAAGAGGAAAAAUAAGAAUGUAUGUGUAUAUACGUGCGCGCGUGCUUAUGUAUGUUUUUCACUGAAGAUAUAUUAAUGAACUGAGAUCUCCUUGUACGAGUGCAAGCUCACAUAUAUUUAACUAUUGCGAUAUUGUAUGGUAAAUGGUUCAUCGGCUUGCAUUCUGUUCAUAUAUCUUGUCUGUUAUCAUAUGUUGUCCGUAUAUUUGGAGCAUUAUAUUCUAUCUGCAAAUAAGUAAAAGUCGCGUUACAUGUUGCGUUUACUUUUUUUUUUAUAAAAAUGCUCGUUAUUUUGUAAAAAAGAAUUAAAUGUAGAGAUUGAAAGAAAAUUAUGAAAAAAUUACAGAUUGUUCUAUAUUGUGUUUCAAAGUAAUACAAAAAGUUUAGCAUUGCUUUUUUACUUAGAUCAAAUAUUAUUUUAAUGUUUCAUUUUAGUGUUUUUACUUAUGCUCUGAU